ACGCAACGACGGGCGGGAUUGGGGCGGAUGUGUGCCAGGUGCAAGUGUCGUCUGCACCACACCCUUUACCACAUUUUGGUGUCUACGACAUUCGACGACGUCUGAACGACUGCGGUAUAAGUCUGCGCACAUAGUGUCUGUGGUGUGGACGAAACUCCCAGAGACGAUAACCACACACGGUGAGACGACGACGGCGGGUGUGACGUGAAAGACGGCGAUAACGGCAGGACCACGGCAGGGCGGCCGCGGACGGCUUUCAAGAAGCUCGCUGCACAGGCGCGCCGAGAGGAAACGUUGCUGACGUCACUCGUCACGCUUGCCUGGAGAAGUAAACACAAGCAAAAGAGGGCAAUGUGCGACUACACCAACGUGCCGACGACAGUGUUCACGCCCAUCGAGUACGGCUGCAUCGGUUACUCGGAAGAGGACGCCAUCAGCAAGUUUGGAGAGGAAAACAUAGAGGUUUUUCAUGCAAACUUCACACCCCUGGAGUGGACUCUUCCGAAGCGAGGGACGGACAUGGGCUAUGUCAAAGUUGUCUGCCUGACUCCCGAACGGGACCGGAUCCUCGGCUUCCACUACCUGGGGCCCAAUGCUGGUGAGGUGACGCAGGGCUUUGCCACGGCCAUGAAGCUGGGUGCCACUAAGGCCGACUUGGAUGCCACCAUCGGCAUACAUCCAACGUGCGCCGAGCUCUUGACCACGUUGUCGAUCACCAAGAGAUCCGGGACAGACGCCAAGCAGGGAGGCUGCUGAGGUUAAAUCCCGUCGUCUGGAGGGCCGUCCGCUUCGACCAUUCUGCCGACGUCUCCUCGCACCGAAGAGCCAUAGACAUGAAGUGGCGAUAGAAGCAGAUUGCAAGCCUUUCAUCAACAACAGAAGUCGGCGUAGAAGCGGCAGCCUUCCGGCGAUGGGGAAAAAGCCGUGUUUUGUCGGGUAUCACUGCGCAGCUUCUCGCACUUGCGAGACAAAUGACGGCUGUGCCGCGAAACCCAGAAUUUGGGAGCGGCCGGCUUGAUGUUGCUGCAGCAGUCGUUCCCUCAAGCUCAAUCGCAAGAUUGCUUGUUUUUUUAAACUGUGCAGAGCUUGUUUCUUUGUAGUGUUAUGCGCUUUGCAAUAAAUAUUUAUUGAGCUCUUA